AUGGAAACACUGGAGGUGAAGAUCGUGAUGCCUCCAUUGAUGCUUUUACUGAUUUGGGGUCGUCAUGCUUCAAAGUUGACUAAAGAAGAAGAGGAUGAAGAAUAUCUCAAAGAGGAAGAAGCUGGAGCAGGACAUACACAUUUGUUGGUGCAGCCCUCUUGCAUAACAGGGAAGAUGAGAGAUUAUCAACGUGUUGGGUUAAAUUGGAUGAUAAGACUAUAUGAGAAUGGUAUAAAUGGAAUUAUUGCAGAUGAGAUGGGGCUUGGAAAAUCUCUACAAACCAUCUCAUUACUUGGUUAUUUGCGUGAAUUUAGAGGAAUAACUGGACCCCACAUGGUUGUGGCUCCUAAAUCUACACUUGUUAACUGGAUGAAUGAAAUUAAACGUUUUUGCCCAAUAUUGCGUGCUGUAAAGUUUCUUGGUAAUCCACACGAAAGGAAAUACAUACGUGAAGAGCUACUUGUUGCUGGAAAGUUUGAUGUAUGUGUCACCAGUUUUGAAAUGGCUAUUAAAGAGAAGACUACCUUACGUCGAUUUAGUUGGUGUUAUAUCAUAAUUGAUGAAGCUCAUAGAAUUAAGAAUGAAAAUUCUCUUCUUUCAAAGACCAUGAGGAUUUACAAUACCAAUUAUCGUCUCCUUAUCACUGGCACACCACUUCAGGAAGAGGUUGUUCAACAGCUUCACAAGGUGCUAAGACCUUUUCUUCUAAGAAAAUUGAAGUCAGAUGUUGAGAAAGGUUUACCUCCUAAAAAAGAAACCAUUCUGAAGGUUGGAAUGUCUCAAAUGCAAAAACAGUAUUACAAGGCCUUACUACAGAAAGAUCUUGAGGUUGUGAAUGCUGGAGGUGAGAGAAAGCGCCUGUUGAAUAUUGCCAUGCAGCUCAGAAAAUGUUGCUAUCAUCCAUAUCUGUUUCAAGGAGUUGAACCUGGUCCUUUGUAUACUACUGGUGACCAUCUUGUAACAAAUGCAGGAAAAAUGGUGCUUCUGGACAAGUUGCUUCCAAAAUUGAAGGAACGUGAUUCAAGGGUGUUAAUAUUCUCACAGAUGACAAGGCUGCUGGACAUUCUAGAAGAUUACUUGAUGUUUUGUGGAUAUUUAUAUUGUCGUAUUGAUGGAAACACUGGAGGUGAAGAUCGUGAUGCCUCCAUUGAUGCUUUUAAUAAGCCAGGAAGUGAAAAGUUUGUGUUUUUAUUAUCAAUAAGAGCUGGAGGGCUUGGUAUCAAUCUUGCCAUUGCAGAUAUUGUCAUUUUGUAUGACAGUGACCGGAAUCCACAAGUGGAUUUGCAAGCUCAGGAUCGUGCUCAUAGAAUUGGGCAGAAGAAAGAAGUUCAAGUGUUCCGAUUUUGCACUGAGCACACUAUAGAGGAGAAAGUCAUUGAAAGAGCUUAUAAAAAGCUUGCACUUGAUGCUUUGCUGUUACAAAUGGUGAGGUUUGGUGCUGAAAUGGUAUUCAGUUCAAAGGAUAGUACAAUCACAGAUGAAGAUAUCGAUAAAAUCAUUGCUAAGGGAGAAGAGGCAACUGCAGAACUUGAUGCCAAGAUGAAAAAAUUCAUAGAAGAUGCAAUCAAGUUCAAAAUGGACGACAGUGUGUACAUUUAA